AUGGCUGAAUUGACAGAAAUCGAAUGGGCGGACCGUACGCAAAAUGAUUGGGUCGGCUGUCAACAUGCCGGGCCUGGCUGCGACAACUGCUUUGCCGAGGCAUUCAACAAGCGCUUUGGCGGGGGUGUGGCGCCCAACUGGGGGCCUGGUGCUCCGCGCAAACGCACCGCCCUGGGGAACAGGAAAAGGCCUUUUCGGUGGAACAGACUUCACCAGCAGUUUUUUGCGGAACACGGCCGCCGGCAAAGAAUCUUCGCGAGUAGCUUGUCAGACGUCUUUGAUAACCAGGUGCCGUUCGAAUGGUUCGCGGAUUUGUUCAGGACCAUUGAGCUAACCCCGAACCUGGACUGGUUGGUACUGACCAAACGUAUCGGUAACGUGCAGGAGGCCUAUCGCAAGCUGGAUUUGAUGCUGCACGGUACACCCCGAACCGACACACGGUCCAACGUGUGGCUCGGCAUCACUGUCGUUGACCAGGCAGAAGCUACGCGCGAUAUCCCCAAACUGCUAAAGAUUCCCGCACGCGUCAGGUUUUUGAGCGUCGAGCCCAUGUUGGGGCCGAUUGUUAUUCCGGUUCACAUCCUGAGGCAACUCGACUGGGUCAUUGUGGGCGGUGAAAGUGGAAGGGGGCUCAACAUCCGAGCGGUCAAUCCGGAAUGGGUGCGGAGUCUUAAAGAUCAGUGCGCCGCUGCCGGCGUCCCGUUUUUAUUCAAACAGUGGGGCCAAUACUGUUUUCCUGAACAGAUGCCCGUUUCUGUCCGGGAUGAACUGCAAAAGAAGCUCGGCAGAGCAUAUGAGAGGGCGAUAGGCCGUCCCUACCGCAUCGGCAAGGAAAAAGCAGGCCGCCAGCUCGAUGGCAUGACAUAUGACGAAUUCCCGCUGAUCAGCAGGCCAAAAAAUGAGAUGAAAGCAGAAGAGGUAGCAGCAUGA